CAGUUCAUCAAUAUACCGUCUUUGCUCCCUACCUCUCCAGUCACUCUCAAACCAAACUCAUCACCCAAACCACCACUCAACAUGUCCGUCUUCGUCUGUGGCGCAACCGGCACCCAAGGCGGUGCCAUAGCAAAGUACCUCCAUGAAAAGGGCAUCAAAGUACACACCGUCACCCGCACCCCGCUCUCCACAAAGUCACGGCACCUGCGCGCCCUGGGUGCUGAUGUGAUUGCGGGUGACUACGACAACGAAGCCUCCCUCCGAGCCAGUCUCGCCAAUUGCACUGGUCUCUUCCUGAACAUGGUCCCCGACUUCCAGAACCCCGACAUCGAAGUUAUUCGCGGCCGGCGACUCCUCACUCUCGCCAAAGAAGCUGGUGUCAAGCAUGUUGUCUACAGCAGCGCCUUCGCCGUCAACGAACCCCACAAGAUCCGUACCUUCACGCCCACUGGCUUCGUUGGGAAGAUGCUGCUUCCUAAACAGGCGCUGGAAAACGAAAUUCGAACAAUGGGUUUUGAGAGAUGGACUAUUAUGCGUCCUGGAAGUUUUAUGACAAACUUCCUAGCGCCGAUGGUGUAUAUGUAUUCUGGAUUAGUGGAUAAGGGAUGUUGGGUUACUGCGUGGACGACGGAGACGAAGAUCCCACUGGUGGAUCCGAUGGAUAUUGGGAAAGUUGGAGCAAUGGCGCUGACUGAUAAGAAGUUUCAUGGCAAGGAGAUUGAAAUUGCGGGGGAGUUGUUGACCGUUGAGGAGAUAGUGAAGGAGCUCGUGAAGGCCACAGGGCGGGAUCUCAAGGCUACUUACUUAACUGAGGAGGAGAUUGAAGCCCAGGCUGCUGUUAACCCGCUCAUUGAAGCGCAGUUGGCGAUGCGAGACAUGGCACAGUUUGCGGAUUUGGAGGCGACAAAGGAGUGGGAUCUCGACCUCGGGACAUUCGAGCGGUUUCUAAAGAGGGAGAACGAGAAGGUUGUGAAGACGUUUUCUGUUUAG